GCAGCUGCCUCCGCGCCGCCCGGAGCCUCCUACCAUGAUCGUGGCGGGCGCCUUGUGCCUCUUGGUCUCCCUGGGUGAGCUGAUCCACACCUGGGCUGGCCCUUCCUUCCUGGCUGCCCAGGACCCCCAUGGUUGGAGGACCCCAGUGGACUGCGUUCGAGCCAAUGAGCUGUGUGCCGCAGAGUCGAGUUGCAGCUCACGUUACCGCACCCUGCGCCAGUGUGUGGCUGGCCGCGACCGCAACACCAUGCUGGCCAAUAAGGAGUGCCAGGCAGCGCUAGAGGUGCUGCAGGAGAGCCCCCUCUAUGACUGCCAUUGCAAGCGUGGCAUGAAGAAGGAGCUGACCUGCCUGCAGAUCUACUGGAGCAUCCAUCUCGGCUUGACUGCAGGAGAAGAGUUUUAUGAAGCUUCACCCUACGAGCCAGUCACCUCUCGUCUCUCUGAUAUAUUCAGACUCGCUUCAAUUGUCUCAGGAAUGGAUGCCGCUGCCGACUCUAAGAGCAACCACUGUCUUGACGCAGCCAAAGCCUGUAACCUGAACGACAAUUGCAAGAAGCUCCGCUCGGGCUACAUCUCCACCUGCAACAAAGGGGUCUCCGCAACAGAGCGCUGCAACCGCCGCAGGUGUCACAAAGCCCUGCGCCAGUUUUUUGACCGGGUGCCCAGCGAGUACACCUUCCGGCUGCUGUUCUGCUCCUGUAAGGACCAGGCUUGUGCUGAGCGCCGCCGGCAAACCAUUGUCCCCAACUGCUCCUAUGACGGCCAGGAGAAGCCCAACUGCCUGGACCUCCGGAACCAGUGCCGGUCAGACAACCUCUGUCGGUCAAGAUUGGCCGAUUUUCACACAAAUUGUCAGGCCUCCUUCCAGUCACUGACCAGCUGCCCCAGGGACAAUUACCAGGCCUGUCUUGGUUCCUAUGCAGGCCUAAUAGGGUUUGACAUGACACCCAACUACAUCGACUCCAGCACCACCAGCCUCACAGUGUCGCCGUCGUGUUCCUGCCGGGGCAGUGGCAACAUGGAGGAAGAGUGUGAAAAGUUCCUGCAGGGCUUCACAGAAAACCCAUGUCUCCGAAAUGCUAUUCAAGCCUUUGGCAAUGGCACAGACAUGAACUUCUCCCCCAACUUCGCCCCAUUGCUCCCCAUCACCAUACCUCCUAAGACAGAGCAGAGCCCUCCUUUGCCAUAUGAUUUCAAUGACAGCAACACCAUCUAUGAUACAAGCGUGAUCACCACUUGCACCUCCAUUCAGGAAAGCGGACCGAAGCUAAACAAGUCCAAACAGCAGAGUCCAUGCUUCUCAGAGAAAUCGCUGACCACAGCUCUCAUGCCGGAACAGAAGACGUUUGUGGACACAAAGGGAUCAGGAAGCCAGCACGCCUUCCCCGGGGCCCUCUCUGCCCUCCUCUUUCUCCUUGUGAAAGUGGCAUUAUAAAAGAAAAAUGGAAAAAGGCACCCCAAGGUGGGAGGGAAGUGUAAGACAGACUCUCUCUCUCUUCCUCUCUCUCUCUCUCUCUCUCUCUCUCACACACACACACACAGACAGACACACAGACGGACCGACUGACCAAGCACCUACCAGGACUUUCCUUUGGCUCUUUUCUUUCUGCAGCCUCUGCUUUCAAGGGGGCACAAUGAUGCUUGCAGAAGUUUCUGCAAGUCCAUUUUAACUGCGCAGGGAAAGCUGUGCUGAGCUAGGGGAGUCACUAGUGGACAAGCCCAGCCUGGGAAUUCAUUUGAAGUUUUCAUUGUUUCAAAGAGUCCAAAGCAAGCGCCUGAGGCUUCCAUCACAUUAAACACACCUGUUCGAAAGGGAUCACAAGCUGUGUCCUGCAGAAAUACACCUGCUUUUGGAAGCAGAUGGAGGGACCCGUGAAGGUUGCCGCUGUAUGGAGAGACUGAGCCAUGGGUGGCUGAUGAACCUUGGAUUGCCGCACCACUCCCCAGGACAUGGGGCAGUAGUGCUCCACCCUCCCAGAUGUUUUGCUGCUUGAGUCCUGUGUAAUUUCUGUCCUAAACCAAGUCUGGCUUCCGUUAUCCUCAGAUGACCCACAGAAGUGUCUUAACUUUCUCCUCUUGAAAUGGAAGUUGGAGAAGAUGCUUAUGCAGCUGGGAGGUGGGGUGGGGUGUGAAUAAGAUGGCCUGUAGCAAAAAGCCCUGUAGCUGAAGCAGGGCCCCCAGUGGACCCCCUGGGUAGUGAAGACAGCCAUGCCAUGUAGAACAAGGAGGGUCUUGGCCCGGUCUGAGAGAUUCUUGUUCCACCAUUUCUUCUCAUUCCCCUGCCCCCCCCCUCCACUCUUUUCUAGGAAUAAUGUGUGUGUGUAUGGGGGGAAUCCAUCCCUAUGGUAAGGUUGCCUCCAUGCAAUGUCUUUGGGGCAGCGGCCUUUCCCCCCCAUGGGUUCUGGUUAGACAGAAUCAGCCGAUGUUCCUUACUCUCCUUUGAUUAUAUACAUAUCUAGCAUAUGUGUAUUGAGAGAGACCUGCAUCUCCAUAUACAUAUGCAUAUGCCUAACCAUAUGCAUAUACUGAAUGGUUUCCCGAUUCUUUUCCUGUUUUGUUUUUAAGGAUAAAAACUAGAAGAACAAAACAACAAAUAUGUAUUAUUGUAAAGUCUUUUUUUUUAACCAUGUCUACAAUGGGGAACAAUGUACCCCACCCCAGGGACAAGGCAAGAUUCUUAGCAGAUCCGCUUUGGAUCCGAAGUCUGAAGUGGAUUGGGGUGAUUCGGACCUUUCUAGAACAGAUCUGAGGCAGAUUGGGGGAGGUCCAAACCGAUCCAAAAUCGAUUUGGAGAUUCGGACAUCUUUUUCAAGGACUACAGAUGGGAAUUUACAAAAAUGCAUUUCUUUCUGUCAUUUUUAAAGGUAAAGACAUGAAAUUUGGCUCCACAAUAGCACUCAAAUAGGGCUUUAGGCAUACCAAGUUUGAAGCACAUUGGUUCUACCCCUGAUUUUUAGGAUUUUUUUAAUGUUUGAGGUUUUAAAAUUAUUAUUUUUAAAAUACAUGGUCAUUUUUAAAGGUAAAGACAUGUAACUUGGCAACAUGAUAGGACCUAUGUAGGGCUUUAGGCAUGCCAAGUUUGAAGCACAUCUGUUCAUCCCCUGAUUUUUAGGAUUUUUUAAAAAUGAUUUUCACUAUAAUCAUUUACUCUCCCCAUAUUGCUCCCAGCCAGGUGUGUAUUGCAGUCAGCCGGUGUGUACUGCAGUCAUCUUAUCUGAAUGGGAAGGAACGGAUGAGUUAACUUCAAAAGACUCAAGUAGGGGAGAUUUGCACUUCAAAAGACGCAGGGAUUAGGAAGGUACAGUGUCUGCUGAUUCUUGAUUAGAUAAGACAGGUUCUGAAAUUGCUCUGCUAGUGGCUGUAUGUUUCCUUGAAAAAUCACAUUUUUAAAAAUUCGUAGUGAGAAAUCUGCUGAACAUAUAUGUAUGAAAAUUUACACACAUGAGUAGGUCAAUGACAUCUGUAAGGUCACCAAGUUUCAUGUUUCUAUCUUGAAAAAUAAAGAAGUUAUAGGCAUUUAUUUCUCCCAAUGCAAGGCUAAGGGGAAAAUGUGUGAUCCGAAUCACGAUUUGGACCUUUUAAUCUCGCUUUGGAUCCAGGACCGAGUUGGAUUGAGGGAGGUCCGGAUCAUUCCGAGGCAGGUUGGGCCCUGUUCGGAAAGUCCAAAGCUGAUUGUGGGGUCCAUGCGCAGCCCUACUUAGCAGUCCCAUGGUCAGUGAGGAGUUGGCAAAAUGUGAGCAGCUGGAGUGCUUAAUAGAUAACUAAAAUAAACAGACCAA